UCAAACAGACGCAGGAAGACAACAUACGCGUCCAGGAUGACAGCGGCCCUUCUGUGUUUCCUCCUGGCUGGUCCAGUUCUGCUAGUCGCUGCAGGUCCAGCUCGUGACUCAAACAAUGGGACCGUACCACUGGUGCUGUGGCAUGGGAUGGGUGACAGCUGCUGUAACCCUCUCAGCAUGGGGUCCAUAAAGAAAAUGAUCGAGGAGGACAUUUCUGGCAUUUAUGUGCUCUCAUUGAUGAUCGGGAAGAACGUCAUACAGGACACGGAAAAUGGGUUUUUCAUGGACGUGAAUGAGCAGGUGUCCAUGGUGUGCAGCCAGCUGGCUCAGGACCCCAAGCUGAAGGGGGGCUACAAUGCGAUGGGCUUCUCCCAAGGGGGGCAGUUUCUGAGGGCCGUGGCACAGCGGUGUCCCUCUCCACCAAUGAAAAACCUGAUCUCCAUCGGUGGCCAGCACCAAGGAGUCUACGGGCUGCCCAGGUGUCCCGGAGAGAGCUCCCACAUCUGUGAUAUGAUCCGCAAAGCUCUGAACAGCGGCGCUUAUUCCGACCUGGUUCAGAAACACCUGGUGCAGGCCCAGUACUGGCACGACCCCCUCAAUGACGACCUGUACAAGAAGCACAGUCUCUUCCUGGCCGACAUCAAUCAAGAGAGGGCCGUAAACGAGACUUAUAAGAAGAAUCUUCAGUUGCUGGAAAAGUUCAUCAUGGUCAAGUUCCUGCAGGACACCGUAGUGGAUCCAGUUGAUACAGAGUGGUUCGGCUUCCUGAAAACUGGCCAGGCCAAAGAGACUGAAACUCUACAGGAGAGCGUUCUCUAUAAAGAGGAUCGUCUGGGCCUGGCAGCGAUGGAAAAAGCGGGAAAGCUGGCUUUCCUUUCGACGCCUGGAGAUCACCUCCAGUUCACCAGAGAGUGGUUCAAUGAAAACCUGCUGCCUUAUUUACGCUAGAAGUGCUGAUGGAUCGCCCCGUGGGGAUCAAAGUGGCAAUAAAUGAAGAUCAGGGUUUUAAUAAUCAGAGAAGGGAUGCAGACGCCACGCUACUCCUUCUUAUUGCACUAAUUUACAGCAUGAUGUUGAUUUUUCAGCUAAUUAACGUGUUAGUCUUCUGCUGUGCUACUACUAACACUCAACUCAUGUUAUUUCCAAUGUGAGCUGUUCUCAUGAGGUCAAUUUUAUUUUCUUAAAUGUUUAAGCCUUUUCUUUUUUUAAUGAAUUCUUGUGUUUAACUGUUCAAUAAUACAUCUGUGUACAACUUACAUGUGAUUCCAAUAAAACACAGCCAAACAAAUGAUAUUUUAUUGCAACAUUUUUAAUGAUGUCUCCAGUACUAAUGAGCAGAUUUCUGAUUUUGGACCCAAAAAAGAAGAGGUAAAAGAAAAGAGACAAUAUAAAAGAAAAUUCAGCAAAGAGCUUCACAGCUACGAGAGCUCCAGAUAACCAAAAAAGAAAGAGAUGAAUGGAGUGACAGUUGAUGGUGGGGCUAAUAUUUAAGACUAUUCAGUGAUUUUUUUAUUCCAGAUCUAUACAGGUGAUUACAGCAGAUACUUCCAAUGGAGGUGAAGCAUUCGACGACAACCACUCAGUAUCAUCCUCGGGUCUCUUUGCCGGUCACCACUGAUUAAAAUCUCUUUGCUCUUUACUGCAACUUUUCCUUACAUGCCUCCUUACAUGGAAUGUUUUAAUAUACUCGGGAAUGUCCUAUGUGUGGGAUUAAGGGAAAGCACAUGAAAUGAUUUUGUUCCCCACCUUUUUUUUUCUUCUAGUAAGUGCCUUUGUUUCAUGAUGAGAAAUAGAUAGUGGUCUUGCACUCAUAUUACUUAUACGUAUGUGCUCUUAAGAGUGCUUUUUUAUAUUUAAUCACCACAAUGAAUGUUAUUACAGUCAAACAUCAGUGAAGAUGAUAUGGAUGUCGUUAUCCUUACUUUGACAUGUGCUUCAAUCGGUGAAUUGCAUAUAAAUGGAGCAGAAACUUA